AAGCCACUACCAUGAUUGGCGAUGACAAAGUAUUAAGAAAAGUGUCGUCAAAAUCAUCGAUAAACCUAUCAAAGGAUGAGAUUAUACAGGUUGUUGAACGUGUAGUACAACAGGAUUCUAAGUUGGUCGAUACCUGGGAUCUAUCCAAAGCUGGUAUUGACGCUAUACCAUUAGAAGUCCUAGAUUUAAUACAAAAAGAUACUUGUAGAUUAGCUUUGAGCUACAAUAGGCUAUCCAGGCUACCUGAUAGGAUACUCAAUCUAAAUAAGCUCAGAUAUCUCAACCUCAGAGCAAACAUGUUUACCAGCUUCCCUCUAGUUCUCACUAAAAUGCCUCAAUUGGAAAUACUCGAACUUGGUAGAAACAAGAUCAAGAAACUACCAAAAGAUCCGGGUACACUAGUUAACUUGAAAGUAUUCUCAAUAUCAAAGAAUAAACUCACCAAAAUACCCACCUACAUUCACAGAUUCACAAACUUACGUAUCAUUAAAAUUGACGCAAAUCCCAUCGAAUGGCCACCUUCUUCCGCUGUAGAAUCUUUCAAUCAGCAAGCACAAAGUGCUGUAUCAAUGAAAAAUGACUCAGAUAAGGAUAAAUUAGACGUUGAAAUGGAAGCUUGGGUGAGGGCGCUCAGGGAUUGGCUAAAAGAGCACGCCGAUAAGCAGGCCUUGAAGGGUGCUUACACAACUGAUGAAGACAGUGAUUAUCAUCGUAGAAGGCAAUCCACAAAUUCAUUUUCUGGUGAUUCAAAUAUCCAUUCCCCACCACUACCGAAAGAGAAAGACAGAGUGUUGGGUGGGAACUCUGGCUUCAAAUUUCCUAUGUCUAAAGGUACCACACCACCAACUCCUGGUUUGGUUAGCCCCUCGACUACGCAUACUUCUCCAGAUUCUUUGAGUCAACCGUCAACCACCUUCAAUUCAAACAGCCGUAAUCACUAUUUUUCACCUACACUCGACAUCUACAACUCAGAUUAUGCUUCUAAUCAUGGCCGAAAUGCUUCAAGUUCGGCUAUACUUCCUAAGCGUAGCAAUCCAAAUCAAGAAGGCUUGAAAGUUAAGAAGAGUCUUCCAAAUAUGAGAUAUGGUACGAAUAGAAUAUUAACGGAUCCAACGCCUUUGUCAAACAACACCUUAACAACGAAUGAUAGUCUUACAUAUGCGGUUGAAAGGAAAGAGAGUGUCGAUCUUCCACCAAUUCCAAAUCUACCAAAAACUAGCAAUGGUCAUAUUAUAUCAAAUUUAGGCUUCCAAGCUCCCUCAUCAACUUCUGAAACAUCCUCACAAUCUCAGCAAUCACAAAAUGAUGAAGUCAUGACACCAAUCACGAGAAAUAUAGAACACCUUAAAAGGCUAGCUAUCAAAUCAUCAGAUUUUAGUUCCACUUUUAAGCAUAGACAUACACCAACACCACCUUCACCAUUAAGCAUUUCGAACACUGAUAUUGUUGUUGAUGCAGCGAAUAGUUUGUUGUUUGCACUAUCGCAAACUCAUUCAGCGAUUAAUCAAUUGAUUAGUCUCACAUCAGAUAAUUUCGCGUUGUUUAUAAUACCAUUACUUAAUUCAGCUGGUAAAGGACUCGAACCAUUAUUCGAUGCGCUUGAUAGUCGUAAGUUAAGUACCAGAUCUGAAGCUAUAAUGGAAGCUGUAAAAAUAUCUUCAGCGGCUUUCUCACCAUUGAUAUCUGAGUUAAGAGCGCGAAUAGCAAACAAGUUUGUUAAUGAUGUUCAAUAUGUACAUCCUGUUGUUCUGAGAAGUGUUAUACUUACUUUAUAUGGUUCAAUGUCAGAAAUUGCCAAUGUAUGGAAAGUAAUAUCAAAACAUUUACCUACAAAACAAGAAAAUCAACUUCAAUUACAACAAUUACAAUCAAAACCUCGAGGAAGUGUUGAUAAAAGCACUAAAAGAAUGUAUAGGCAGGGUGUUUCACUUACUCAAGCAGAUUUUGAUUAUGUUAAUAUGAAUAAGAGUGGUAAAUCUGAUAAUACAGAUAAUCUACCAUACUUAUCUAAAGCUGUUGAAGAUCCUCGUACACCUACCUCACGUUCACCUGAACCUCAAAUGGAUACCUUACGAGUAACACCACAGACGCCGACGAGUACAAUCCAGGAUGACGCUGAGGAUUUACUUGAAUUAAUUGAAAAUUGCAUUGUAGUUGGUACUAACUUCUGGCCCGUGCUUGAUGAAGAUGUUGAUAAUAGUUAUUCUCAUGAUUUCAGUCCCGGUGGAUCAGCGGUUGAUCCAGUUAUGGUUGAACUUCGUGACAAAAACAAUCAAGCUAAGGAGUUGACGGAUAAGCUAAGUAAAUCUUUAAAUGUGGUUAAGCAAGCUAGUAAUCAAGACGGCGUGAUUGGUUUAAAGGCUGCAGACCAAGAAUCUGUGAGGGAAUUAUUUGAAAAUGCGUCUACGUUUAACAAGAUGGUGAUCUGGAUGGCUUCACUCGUUAAGGGAUUAGGUGAAAUGAAACGCUUACCAUUAAAAACGAGGAGAAGAAUGCAACAAAUAAUGGAUUUAGUCUCAGAAUUGACUGUACAAGUGCACGUAUCAUCGUAUAGGCCGUUAGCACCAUCACCUCAUAGUGCGGCGUUAAAUAUGGCGACUAGCAACAAUUCAUCACGUUCAGAAUCACCAAAAUUGAUGAAAUCAUCAAAGAAGGCGAAAGAGAAGGGAUUGGGAUUUCCAACGCCGGUGCUGUCUAGAUCACAAAGUUCACAACCAGGAAUGCCCGUGAAGAGGCCUACGCAGCCGAGAUCAGCUACAAACUUUGGUGCUGGCUUGACGAGAGUUUUCAGCCCUACUAGUUAUAGCACGAGUAACAAUAAUGAAGGAUACUCGAAGAAGCGUACUGGGAGCUUAUCUGGCUAUUCAGCAAGUUCAGAUUCAACAAAUUAUGAUUAAAUUUGUGUAUUUUCGUACAUAAAAUUACUUUCCCUGUAUGAAUAGUUAGAUAGUUAC